UUUAUCUGAUCGCUCGAAGUAGAACUGGAUAGAGAGCUGGUCAGGACGCUGAUGUUGAGUUAUGAGAGCAGACUGAAGCUGUUGCCGUCCUCAUGUCUCAAGACAAUCCUCCCACGAGUUGCUUCUCCUGCACUCGCUUCACAAAUACUCUUUCAAGAUUAGUGCGACGAAAUAGUAUAAAGCCUUACGAAACUGAUACCUCAGAUAAGCACAAUGUUAAUGGAACCACUGUCCUCAAAGUUUACCAAAAUGAGGCUGCUCUUAAAAUGGAAAAAUCUGAGUUAGAGGAACAAUUUAGGAUAGUGGAUCUCAACAAAGAUGGGUUUAUAGACGCCGAAGAGCUGAAGAUGGUCAUGAAGAACCUGGGGAUGAAACACAGCGAUGAAGAGAUAUCGUUAAUGAUGCAGCAUGCCGAUAUUAACGGCAGCGGGAAGAUCGAAGAGGACGAUUUCAUGAAAGUAAUGUCCGAUUAUUUGGACUCAGAAAAAGAAGAGACCCUCGACGUUAGAGAUCUAUUUGACUUCUUUGACUCAGAUAAAGAUGGUUUUAUUUCCCAACAGGAGCUACAGUUUGCGAUAAAAGAAGUGUUACAAGACUCUAUCUCAGCGAAUGAAAUUGAAACGAUGAUGAAGCUAGCUUGCAAGAAGGCACGCAAAUCAAAAGACGCUAUGAUAUCUUUUAGAGAUUUCCAACUGUUACUCGAAGAUGUUGGCUUCACUGCUUGAGACUGAGUCAACGAAUAUGUGACUAAACCAGACGUCAAGUAGCUUUAAGUAUAUUUGAACAUGGAUCCGAUUUUACCACUGACGAGUCGAUUGACGAUGCAAUGCUACUAAUACAAUUUCGUCGUGCGAGAAGCUUUAUUUCAUGUGCGGUGCGGCCAGUAGUGCAUCGCGCUACAACUGUAGUAGUGCAUCGCGCUACAACUGACGAGUUUAACUUAAAACAAGAUAUUAUAGUAAUGUAAAUUUCAGCAAGAUGCUUGUGAUUAGAUAAUUAUUAUAUACUGGACCACUGAGAGUGAGGACGUUAUUUAAGAAUCUUGAGACCGUUCUGUUAACAUGUUAAAAUAUUCACGGAUAGCUUGACAAUUAAAAUAUCCGAAGAAACCUUUAAAAAUGCUAUACCACAUUUGACUCGCAAACUAAUUUAAAUGAUUUUAUUAAUUUGCUGUUUUUAUCAAAAAUUUGCUUACCGAACAUUAUUUGGUCGGACAUUACGUGAGCGCUGGAGACCUCUGCGUUUGCAUAGCAUAAUGUCCGACCAAAUUAAAGUCCGGCAACCAUGUACGUGCAGAGAAAUGUUUGCAUCCACCCAAAAUAAUGUCUGCACUCGAUGCCGCCCAAAUAACUUGAAUUUAUCGACCCGUUGCUCAAUUUGUAUCAGUGCUAUAAAUGUACAUAAUGUUUCUCUUUAAAUUUGAUGUUUGUUCUAUAGAUGUUUCGAGGGAAGCACACCAUAUCCAUAUUUUACUAUUUUAUAGCGUAGGCCGUGUUUCAGUUUGACUUUAGUCGUGAUGAUAACAUUCAUUUAUAAUAUGAGAAUUUAAAUUAUUAUUAUAUUAUAAUAAAUUGACCUUUGCUUGUAUUUAGUUUGUUUACAUAUUUAUGUAGAACCAAUUUGUUUUCUAAACU